GUCCUUGCGACUUCGAUCCGCUACGGCGCCUUUUUGGUUUUGGAGAGGGGAAGUCAACUACUACAACAGCGCAUAAACUCCAUCCCUACAUAUCACAGCUUAAGCCUGACGGCUGUAAGAUUCAAGUACGGCAUAUGCUUGCGACUGCAGCAAGUGGAAGCUGUCUGCAGGCAUUGCAACUACAUACGUACGAUUUGACAGUUGACUGCUGUAUCAGACGACCCUGAUAACCCCCGCCGCCUGUCAUGGCGGCUGUCACUGUUUCGCCGGCUGCGUCGCCGACCUCGACAACCACCAGCCCGCGUAGGAAACCUGUUCCUACGACAGGGCUGGCCGCCAUUGCCUCCAUCGAGCGCUUCGAAUGGAAUGACAAUGCGCCUUCUCUUCCCGGCGUCUCUCUGGCCGAAUCGCCUCGGAUCCGUGAGUCGCCUAUUACGCCCGUGAAGGUUAACUUCCAAUCCGACGGCUGGGCUCAACCGUCCAACGCCAAUAUCGAAACAGACCGGUCGUACGACGGCUUACAGCCGAUCUCGGGCGCCCUCGAUCGUGCCCUCCCCGCGACCCCAGGUGCUCCGACUCCUCCGCCCCAUGCCCUAUUAAACGAAGAGCCGAGGCAAGAGACGUAUAGCCAUUCGGAGGCUCGGAGCACACAGUCAGCAUGGAAGGAGUCUGUGAAGCCAUUGCCGGGGCUAGAACUGCCCAGUGUGGCCAGGUUGAAGCAAGAAGCCUCUAGCCAAGACGAUCUCUCAUCCGAUUCUUCGCGAGCGAGCCAUGGAAGAGUUGCCAAUCGUCGAAGUCGAGAGUCCGAUACCACCGUUAGUACGUCUAAGAAACCUAACUCGAACAAUUCAUCUACGGCAACCAGCGCAAGUUCGGUAUCUGGCGUCAUUGAAGCUUCCGAUUGUCCAGACAACUCUGGCGAUAUCUCUCUUGAGAGCUCCAUCCUCGAGGAUGGCUCUGCUCGGGCGGAACAGGUGCCCCAGCUCGCCUACCAUCAUUCUGCUUUCCUGCCGCGGCCGGCUAGCAUAGCUGUAGACCAGGACCUAAGAGCUCGGUCAAACUCUAGCCUUGUUGAUACCGGUGGUGCCAUCAACCGUCACUUGACGCCCAACUCUUUCAACAGACGAAGUUCAGUGCCACGUCCGCAGUCUGCGUAUUCGGUGUACUCGGACUUUGGGUCUCGGGGGCACUCCCCUGGUCUACAAAACCGAACACCAUCCGCAAAUUCUCGAAAUUCACCUGAUAAUCGACCACAGUCUUUUGCCGAGCUUUUGAACGUUCCAUAUCCCCAACCGGCACCUGCGCCCCUCACACUCGAUAACUCCCAGUUACGUAGUGUAGUUGGCACUAAUGCUUCUCUUCUCAGCGCCCAGAAAACGUUGGAGAUGUACAGGCAGAAUGUCAAGAAAACCACGGACUUCUCUACUCAGUAUUCCUUCGCUGUUUUUCUGAUCAACACAGCAAAGGAGCAGGGCCUGAACUUUGACGAACUCAGGAAUUCUAAGAAUCUCAAACCUGGGCGAUCUUCAGAAACUCUAUCCGCAGAAGCCAACCAAUCUUCGCCAUACGAACUAGUGCGGGAAGCGCGGGCCAUCCUACAGAAAUUGUCCAACAACGGCUUCCCUUUUGCACAGUAUUAUCUCGCUGACGGCUAUGCCUCCGGUUUGUUCAACAAGGGAAAGGAGGACUACAACUCGGCGUUCCCUCUGUUCGUGUUAGCUGCCAAGCAUGGCCACGCAGAGUCCGCUUAUCGCACUGCUUUAUGCUACGAGUUUGGCUGGGGCUGUCGCAAAGACCCUGCCAAGGCUGUGCAAUUCUUGCGAACAGCAGCCUCCAAGCGGCACCCUGGCGCCAUGACAAGGCUAGGAAAGGCCUGUCUGUCGGGUGAUUUGGGCGAGAAGAGAUAUAGGGAGGGUGUGAAGUGGCUGAAGCUCGCCACCGAAUCCGCCGAUGCGAUUUAUAAUGCCGCUCCAUAUCAGCUUGGAUGCCUGUACGAGACAGGCUAUGGUGACGACAUCUUCAAGGACGAGAGUUAUGCGGCUGAGUUGUUCACCCAAGCCGCCGAUCUGGGCCAUCCCGAAGCCAAUUACAGGAUGGGCGAUGCCUACGAGCACGGGAAGCUCAACUGCCCAAGAGACCCUGCUCUUAGCGUCCACUUCUAUACGGGCGCCGCGGAGCGUGGUCAUCCUGCUGCUAUGAUGGGUCUCUGCGCUUGGUACCUGGUUGGAGCAGAUCCCAUCCUAGAAAAGGACGAAGAGGAGGCAUAUGAAUGGGCCAAGAGGUCCGCAGAGCUUGGGUAUGUAAAAGCACAAUAUGCUGUUGGCUACUUCACAGAAAUGGGCAUAGGAUGCCGAAGGGAUAUCUUGGAAGCCAACCUCUGGUACGUCAAGGCGGCCGAGGCAGGCGAUGAGCGCGCCAAGCAGCGGUUGGCAGUCAUCCGCGCGGCCGUCAGCGGAGGAACGCCUAUGGAGGUCGCUCCGGCUCGAAAUGCUAAGAUCAAGAAGAGUGCGGAAAAGGAUGAUAAGGAGUGUAUCGUCAUGUAAGGGACGGACCUUCAUAUCAUCAGCAGACCAACAAACACCAGACAGAAUCCAACGCCUUGCUCACGCUGUUUCGGCGAAGCCGACACGAGCCAGCCUGCCAGGUCGUGAUCGAGCGGGUUUGUUUUUUCUUUUUGGAUACCCUUAGUCGUCGUCUCUUUUUCGACCUUGCAUACCCGCGCGUGGACCUUACCACUCAUACAAAGAGUUCUUUUGCUCCUGCUUCAGGGGUUGUCUAAUAGACAAUGUCUCUACUAGCUAUCUUCUCGAUUCAUGAGUUCAGCUACGUGUCUGGCAUCCGACUGCGCCAUCGAGUUCAAAAUCCCUGAAAUCAUUGCUUUCUCCCUCAUUUUGCGGCGGCGAUGGGCAGCUCAUAGUGUUUCGGAGAUGCAACCCUGAUGAAGGAGUUGUUGUGAGUUGUUGAGGAACUUGGUUGUUUCUUCCCUCUCUCUAUCUUUGAAGGGUUGACUCUGGCACUCUGGCCGUCACUGCCGAAGAUUGACUUUUCCAAAACCUGUUCAGUCUUAACAGCCUGGACGCUGAAACAGUCGGCGUUGUACAUUCGUUUUUGAUGCAUUUGCAUGGCCGUCGUUUAAGGAAAGAGAAGUCAUGGUCGGAGAUACAAUACCUUCUCUCGACUCUGUCAUUCACGGCGAUGUCAAACCUCGGCGUUUCUACAAUGGUAUGGUGUGUGUACUCUUCAUUUUCUGUUGCACCCGGCUGCGGGGUUGUUUGGAUUUUGUUCAUUCGUUUCGGACUCUCGGCGGGAAUGGAAAUGGUUCUUGUCUGUCAGUCAGUCAGUCAGUCAGACACAGACCACAGGAACAAUGCAGAGAAAGAAAAAAAAGUGACAGAGGGAAGGUGGUGAAAAGUGUCGGUUGGGCCAAGAAAUAGGAAAAGGGAUUGGGAGUCAAAACGUAUAGCACGUCGUCUCUUUGUACAUACUGGGACGAGGAUACAUGGAAGGAGGGAGGAGACAGGUGAAAGCAAGAUGGGACUGAGCGGAAGUAGUCCAGCUUGGGAGUUAGGGAGUAUGGGAGCAUGGGAGCAUGGGGAGCAGAGAACGAAUGAGAAGUAGAAUAAUAAUAUUUCCUGGCUAGUAUCAAUUUGAACUGUUUAUGGUCAGAGCAGGUUAUGAGAACGCCUGUAACCUUUAUAUUGUACUGGCAACCUUCUGCUUGCUUCCAGGCUCCUCGACAUGUUUGACUAUGUCCCGUUUUUGUGUGAGCAAGGAUUGAUGAACAAUACAAUCAGCCCGUUUC